AUGAAAUUCUUGGUUGUGCUCGGUGCGCUCGUGAUACAGUGCGCGGCCACAAAAUCAUGGAACACGGAUAGUUAUUCGGAGGAGACGUUCUCCGUGUUUGGUUGGAUAAGCUACGUGAAACGCCUCUCGCUGAUAGCACUAAUGGUGUCUGGCGUGAUCCUUUAUUACAUCCCAGAGUCUCGUCCACAUGCACGGCGAAUAUGUUACGCACUGGUCGACAUCACGGCGAAUGCUUUGAAAUCCGCGCUGAGCGCUGGCGAGAGUGAGUACAUGUACGAAGCUAUCAAAACCAAGUAUCAUCAGGCAAAAUAUGAGCAAUCUUUAUUGGGACUGAAUCGUCGUUCGAGAGAGGGUCAAGAAAAUUAUAGUAAAAAACCGAAAACGGACAUGGACGACGAUGGAUUGCGCGAGUCAGUAAAAAGUAGGGAAAAAAAGAAAGUAAUCAAGAAACAAACCAAAGACUAUCGACAGUCUCGUCACCGAAUUUCAAAUAAUAUUUCUGAUCCUCGCGUGGAAAUCGCAAAACCGGCUUAUUUUUACACCGACAAAUUGGAUGACGUUCAGAAAUACGUAAAAACGAAUUUACGUGGCGUGAACAGGAUCAAUGGAUCGGUGGAAAAUUAUGCUCUUUUAAUCAGCGGCAGUCCACUACAAAUGUCCAUGAUCGAUCAAAAAUUUGAGAAAGAUGACGUAGUUCUUAUCGAAGAUCCUUAUUGUAGAGUAGAGUAUAAGGAAUGUGGUACAUCGAUCGAUCGACUGUCAUCAAAAGCGGGGGCUUCUGGCUCGGAACAAGAGGGGACAACGAGCGACCACAAUAAUCACACAGAAUCACAGGGUCUGGAAAAGUACCUUAAAACUGUCGAUUUGAGCUCUGCACCAGAAGCUCUAUACCAGAAAAAUUCAAGAUACUUUAAUUGCACAUCGUUAUAUCAGACGAAUCCGUGUCAGUUGGACGGUGAUUGUUACGGCAUGAAUGGAUGCUCGAUAUCUUCAGGAGAAAUAAACAAUAGAGUUAUUCUUAAUACCGAACCGUCCGAUGAAACUAAAAACGUACUAAAAUCGUCAAAGAGCAUGGUGAAUCCGAAAACGCAUGAGAAGAUAGAUGAGAAUUACACUGGACAUGGUCGUGAAUCUCGACUGUUGAAAUCCAGUAAUUUCAGCAACGACCGAAGAGUGAAUUUUCAAAACGAAGAUAAGACGGCGUUACAGAAAUGUGAAGAGACGGUACACACACGCGAUAACACGUCAAGAUAUGUUUUUAAGAAAAAAUUAACCGGCCACUGUUGCCACGAUGGUUCCUAUUUUACGGAUCGAGGAGGCGAAGCAGACGACGAGAACUCUCAACAGGGGAGACGUAUGAAUUCGAAGCAUGAUCUCGAUGGCAGACCUAGAAGAAAACAGAACCUAUACAAUACGAAUUCAGAUGACUCGAUCUUCGACUACAGUGACUUCUAUACGAAACCAAUCUUGAACAAUCGAUUCAAACCUGCCUUACUACGAGCGGUAAAUUGGAUUUUUGGAGGUUGCCCCGAGGCGAAACGACGAGCCGCUGCGAAAUGCAACGAGGUCGGAAAGGAAGAGAUCCAAGGGUUCACCGACGAGUGGCUCCUCUAG